UUGUUAUAUUUUUAUUAAUUGUUUCACCUAACAUGUUUGAAAAGUACUUUAAAAGUAAAAAGAUGGAAUGAAUGUGCAUUAUUUUUAUUACUUAAAAUUUAAAGUAGUUUUUGCAAUUCAAAAUUUUGUUUUCUUUGUAUAAAAUGUUAAAACUAACAUGUUUAAAAAAUAUUUUAAAAAUAAAUGAAUGGAAUGAAUAUGUAUUAUUUUAAGAUAAGGAUUACUUAAAUUUUAACAAUGCUGCAUAGUAUGUAGUAAUGUAAAUUAAGAGGUUGCUGUACUGUUUAAGCAUAUUUCAAGAGCGAUAAUUCGUGCAUGCAUAUAUGGGAAGAUUCCAAGAAUAACUCUAAUUGAUCGCAACUACAAUAUUUCGUACUACUGUGAGAUGAUAAAAAGGAAAGACACUGGAUAGGUAUCUAUGUGGUGGAUGGUCGGACUUUUGCAAAGACCAGAACCUACAAAAGGGUGACAAACUACGUUUCUACAUAAGAUAUUCUCUGGUGGAAGAGAUUUUGGUGGCCGUCGAGCGUGGAAAAACAUAGUGACUAACGUGUUAAGGAAUAUGACGUGCGGUAUGUCGUAGACAAAGUAGUAUUUACGAAUGUAUUUUUUUAAAAUUUUCGGGACAGGAGUGGUUAUGUUUUGGUAGUUUAGUUUUUUGAGCACACCCUUAUUGUUGUCAAAAUGAUGGUAAUUUUGUUAUAUUGACUGUAUUAGGGCCCGUUUGUUUUGGUUUUUUUUAAAAAUGAUUUUUAUAGUGUUACUAAAUUUUGUGAAAAAAAUUUUUAUAAAGAAAUUUUUUAUAAAAGCUUCAAAUGAAAAUUUUGUUUAAAUAGUUAUUCUUAAAAUAUGAUUUUAGAUAUUUCAUCUAUUUUUGGGGAAAAAAUUUGGAUAUCAAAAUUUCAAAAAAUCACUUAAUUUUAAAGCUAUUUCAAAUAGAUUUUCAUAAAAAUCAUUUUUGAAAUACAACUUUUUAAAAAAAUUAUGAUUUUGACUAAGUUUUGGUCUUCAAUUAUGUAUGUUUGUGUUAUAGGAUGUCAAAUUAAGUGUUUCAUUUUUAAAAAAACGAAUAUAAAAAAAUUUAUAAUAUUUUAAAAAAUAAUUUUAGAAAAUCUAUUUUCAAAAAUACAAAGAAAAAAUCCAUUUUUUUAAAGCUGAAACAAACUGACCUGGGUUGCAUGCUUUCUAACUAAUCCUGUCAUUGGCACAAUGAACUAUUAACGGUUAAAAUGAACUCAGACCAUGGGAAAAAAACGAAGUUGCAUUCUAUGUGCAGUCCUAUUUUGGAAUUAAAUGAGGGUUGUUCUAAUGUUCAUAAUGUGUUUGCUAUAAUGCUUUUUCACGUCGUAUUGUAGAAGCUGUAUAUUAGUUUAUUAAUUGUUGCAUUAUGGAUUAUUGAGUUCCCUAAACUUAGUCUGUGUAUAUAAAAAGGAAAUAAACAUGUACAGUAGAAACACGUGAUAUGUAUUUAGUUGUUUGAGUUGGCUGUUGUUUUCAAACAGUACACGUUUGUUUUUAAGAUCAUUAGUCAAAAUAAAAAAGAGCUAAUAUAAUUGUUAAAACUCAAAAUAAUUGGGACCAUAAAAAUAAAAAACAGUAAGGUUUUAAAAAAUAUAGUUAAAAACAUAAAGUGAUAUUUGAGUAUAAAAAUAGCAACAAAUUAGUUUUAUACAUGGCAAUUAUUAAAAUGAAUUUACAACCUUAAAAAAGAAAAACAGGAUUGAAUUUCUGGGCUGGUCCGUUUUAUACUUUUAUGGUCCAAGUAAAAGGCAAACUAUACAAUAUCCCCUUUUGUAGCAUUAUAUAAGGGGAAGCGAUGGAUUAGGGUUUGUGUUGCACAUCACAUCUGUUUUUUAAACUGAAUAUGGUUAUCAAACCGAAAAUGGUUAAUAAGUUAGUAAAUUGAAAAUGUAUUAUAAAACUGAAAUGCAUGGUUUUUUAAAUCUACAAUAUAAGAAAGUUUGAUGUUCUGGAAAGGACCAGAACGCCCCUUUGCUUAGAUGGUGAGCCACGUGGAUGGGGUCUUUGCAAUUCUUACUCUUUCUAUGCUACCUUCCACUAACUCAUCUUACUUGCAAGAAAAUCAAAGCUGUUUCGUUUUCUAUCUUUCUUGGAAACCCAAAAUUACUGUUUGCUUUACUAAAUCUGUUUUAUCAUUGCAGCUUGCUCUUUCCCAUGUCUCUCCAAUCUUAGUUUGUCUAUUAUCUUCUACUUCCGCUUUCCUCCCUCCUCAUUUCUCACCAAACUGCCAUUCAUCUUCAUCUUUCCAUUUUCCUUUUUUUUUUGAAAGCUUUUGUUCAGCAUGGCUCGACCGAUGGAGAAAGUUGUGGACAUCAAACGACUCCAAGGAACUUUGGAAAGUGGCGAUUAGAGUUGUCCAUAAAUGGAAGGUAGUCUCCAACAACAAGGAGCACUUUGAGAUGAUCUAUCAAGACAAAGAAGGGUCUGACAUUCACGUAGUUGUUCCAAAUACGUGCAUGGCCGCUUAUAAUGACAAGUUUGAGGUGGACAACACGUACACUGUCUCCAACUUUGCAGUGCAGCCAAAUAACUUGGUUUUUAAACCAAGCACUCACAAGUUCUUGGUGAAGUUCACAGGAGGAACUUCUGUGAAUGAUGUCAACAAACACGACAUACCCCCCAUGCAACGCACCUUCACCAAUUUCCCUGAUAUUAUGACCGGCAAGUUUAAGAAGAAUGUGUUGAUCGACGUUAUUGGCGUGAUCGAUGCUAUUGGAUAUCAACAAACUCAAAGUGGUGGGAAAAAAAUGCAGGUCAAUUUUGUACUGAGGGAUGCAGCCAACAACACAAUGAACUGUACCCUCUGGGAGGACUAUGCCAAAAAGUUUUUCAAGUUUCACGAGGAAAAUCCAACAACCUCUGGACCAACUGUGAUUUUGCUUAGCUAUGCAAAAGUUAAGGAACAGGGCCAAUACCCGCUAUCGGUUACAAAUACAUUCCAUGUUACAAAACUCCAGAUCAAUCCAGAUUUGCCUUCUGUUAAAGACUUCGUAAAUGGUUUCUCAAAGGAAGCUUUGCGUACCGUCUCAAGCCAGCUCAGCUCAUACUCUCAGUAAUACUCGCGCAGCUCGAAUUCUGAGAAUGUUAGACAGAGUGACACUCAAAAGCUGCUUAAUAAGGCUGUUGCUCUGCCUCUGAGUCAGCUUAAACAACUGCGGAGGACACUUUCUGUGCUACUGUUGCAAAGACAAGGAAACUCAUUGCUUCUUCCUAUGGAUGGUACUACUGGUGCUGCCAUGCAUGCACCAAAGCUGCACGUGGUGAUAAACCUCCAUACGAAUGUGAUAAUCACCAU